UGACUCCGGUGCUGCUGCUCGUGCUCGCUCAGCCUCCUCCCGUCGUCGCCAUGGUGCAGAUGAUGGAGUCGCAGUGCGAGUAUUUCAUGUAUUUCCCGGCGGUGCCCAUCACGGAUCUGUCGGACCCGGCACGGUACCGCACUCUGCCCCGCCGGAGUCACCUCUACCUCGGGGAGACGGUCCGAUUCCUGCUGGUGCUGCGCUGCAGGGACGCUGGGGCGACUCCAACCGAGCACGGCCCCGCAGGGGGCGCUGAGGGCACCGCAGCCGGUUUUGGGACGGAGUCGGCCAGUAGCCGGGCGUGGAGAGAGCUGGCCGGCUCUCUGUGCGCCGUGGCCAGCGUGAGUCCCGGUGACAGUAGCCGCCAUCGAGGCAACCACCACCAGCAUCACCACGACUACCAGAGCAGCGGGGACGAGGCCAACGAGGACGGCGAGGAAGACUACAUCGCAGCGGCAGAGGCAGCCAUCGCGGCGCUCGGCAGCAGGGUGGACUCCCGGUGUCGGAGCUUCAGGGACUGCAAGCCGCUGCUCAUCCACAACUCAUCUGGGACGGCGGCGAGGGAGUUCCGCAGGGCGCCUGUUCAGUCUCCUCUGGACGAGCCGGUGGUGUUGACCGAUGAAGUCAUCUUCCCCCUCACCGUCUCGCUGGACAAACUCCCCGUCAGCACGCUGAAGGUCAAGGUGAUGGUCACGGUGUGGAAGAAGGAGGCGGAGAAAGCCGAGGUGCAGGAACUCGGAUACCUGAGCGUCCUGCAGCAACGAGAGCCAACACACACCUUCAGACACGACCUGAACACCUUCAAGGCUCAGGUGAGCACUACUCUGACCGUGCUGCCGCCUCCCACCGUCCGCUGUAAGCAGAUGACCGUCUCUGGGAAGCACCUCGCCGUCCUCAAAGUGUUGAAUGAGUCUUCUCAGGAGGAGUUGAGUGUUCGGGAUGUUCGUAUUUUGCCAAAUCUCAACGCGUCCUACCUUCCCAUGAUGCCCGACGGCUCCGUGCUGCUGGUGGACAACGUGUGCCACCAGUCAGGGGAGGUGGGCAUGGCGUCUUUCUGCAGGGUGGAGAGCCUGGCCUGCCGCCUUCCCAGCAUGCUCAGCGCUUUGGAGGAGCACGACUUCCUGUUCCAGCUGCACCUCAACGACAUGCCGCAAGAUGACUCCAACGAGGGGCUGGAGGUUCCCCUGGUCGCUGUGCUGCAGUGGUCAACUCCCAAGAUGCCUUUCACCAACUGCAUCUACACCCACUACAGGUUGCCUAGUAUCCGUCUGGACCGGCCUCGGUUCGUGAUGACGGCGAGCUGUCCCAGCACCGUCAGAGUGAAGGAACACUUUAAGGUCAAAUACGUUCUGCUCAACAACCUGCAGGACUUCCUGGCCGUCCGGCUCGUCUGGACUCCAGACGGUCGCGGUCCGGUGGAUGACUCCCCGCUGGCUGCGGUGGUCUGCCACAGUCCGCUCAGUAACCUCGGCCACUGUCGGAAAGGCAGCACGCUGUCCUUCAGCGUGGCCUUCCAGAUCCUCAAACCAGGACUCUACGAGCUGAGUCAACACAUGAAGUUGAAGCUCCAGUUCACGGCCUCGGUGUCCAACCCUCCGCCUGACGCUCGCCCGCUGUCACGUAAAAACAGCCCGUCCAGCCCGGCGUUUCGAGACCUGCUGGACCGGCACCAGGCCAGUCUGGGCCGGUCCCAGUCCUUCUCCCACCAGCAGCCGUCUCGGUCCCACAUCAUGAGGACGGGCAGUGCCAUGGAGCGCCGGGCCAUCACCCCUCCUGUUGGCUCUCCGGUGGGCCGGCCCCUCUACCUGCCUCCUCAGGACAAAUCUCUGCUCACGCUGGACAAGAUCGCCAAGAGGGAGUGUAAAGUCCUGGUGCUGGAUCCUGUCAGCUAGGGACCAGAGGGAGUGUAAACAUUAUAUAUGUCAUUUUACCCAAAGCGACUUACAAUUGUUACAUAUCAGAGGUCACACGCCUCUGGAGCAACUAGGGGUUAAGUGUCUUGCUCAGGGACACAUUGGUUGAUGUAUCACAGUGGGAAUCGAACCAGGGUCUCCCACACCAAAGGCAUGUGACAUAUCCACUGCGCCACCACCACCCUAAAGUCCUGGUGCUGGAUCCUGUCAGCUAGGGACCAGCGCUGGAACUUAAACUGCUGCUUUGUGUCUUUUCCUGUCAGGAAGCAUGUUUAAUUUAAACAGGAGCACGAAGAAUAAGAAGCAAAGAGUCCUGAUGGGACAACAUGAACAAACACACUGUACAGACUGUACAGGCUUUAAAAUGUAAUAUUUAUUCAUGUAUUAUCAUGUUUCUGUAUUAUUUAUGUGUGUGUGUGUGUGUGUGUGUGUGUGUGUGUGUGUGUGUGUGUGUGUGUGUGUGUGUGUGUGUGUGUGUGCGUGUGUGAGCUUGUUUAACUAUAUUCGUGGGGUCCAAAGACCGGUAGUCCAGUAUACUUGUGGGAUCCCGACAGUUUCGUGGGGCCAAAAUGUUGGACCCCCCAAGUUUAAAGGGCUGUUUGAGGGUUAAGACUUGGUUUUAGGACUAGGGUUAGAAUUAGGUUAUGGUUAAGGUGAAGGUAAGGGUUAAGGUUAGGCAUUUAGUUGUGAUGGUUAAG